UGGCGCCGCUGGGAGGUGGUGGCACGACGCAGGUCCUGGCCGAGUGUGGCGCAGCAGUGGCGGUGCUUCCCGUUCGCCACGCGCCGGGGGUGGGUCCCCGAAGGUUGCAUGAUGGAAUUUGAACAUUACUUCAAGAGGUGUUAUGUUUUGGAUUAGUUAAUUGAGUUUGUCCUCUGCUGACUGUUUCUUCGGACGCAUUUUUUGGUGUGCUCUUGAGGGAUUAAAUGCAAAGAGAUCAUACCAUGGACUACAAGGAAAGCUGCCCAAGUGUAAGCAUUCCCAGCUCUGAUGAACACAGAGAGAAAAAGAAGAGGUUUACUGUUUAUAAAGUUCUGGUUUCCGUGGGAAGGAGUGAAUGGUUUGUCUUCAGGAGAUAUGCAGAGUUUGAUAAACUUUACAACACUUUAAAAAAACAGUUUCCUGCUAUGGCUCUGAAGAUUCCUGCCAAGAGAAUAUUUGGUGAUAAUUUUGAUCCAGAUUUUAUUAAACAAAGAAGAGCAGGACUAAAUGAAUUCAUUCAGAACCUUGUUAGGCAUCCUGAACUUUAUAACCAUCCAGAUGUCAGAGCAUUCCUUCAAAUGGACAGUCCAAAACACCAGUCAGAUCCAUCUGAAGAUGAGGAUGAAAGAAGUUCUCAGAAGCUACACUCUACCUCACAGAACAUCAACCUGGGACCAUCUGGAAAUCCUCAUGCCAAACCAACUGACUUUGAUUUCUUAAAAGUUAUUGGAAAAGGCAGCUUUGGCAAGGUUCUUCUUGGCAAAAACGGAAAUGGAUGGAAAAUUUAUGCUGUCAAAGUGUUACAGAAAAAAAUAGUUCUCAACAGCAAAAGAGGUAAAAUAAAAUACAAAAAACAUAUUAUGGCUGAACGUAAUGUGCUCUUGAAAAUCGAACAUCCAUUUUUGGUUGGAUUGCAUUAUUCCUUCCAAACAACUGAAAAGCUUUAUUUUGCUUCUGGAUUUUUCUCAGAGCAGAAAAUCACGUGUUUCAGAAUUACUGUGAGUACACAUUUAACUGUCAAUAAAGGGAACUAUAAGGAAAAUGAGUUAAUAUUCUGCAAAACCAAAAAGAUGCUUUUUUUCCACUUACAAAGAGAACGGUCCUUUCCUGAGCACAGAGCUAGGUUUUAUGCUGCUGAAAUUGCUAGUGCAUUGGGUUACUUACACUCCAUCAAAAUAGUAUACAGAGACUUGAAACCAGAAAAUAUUCUUUUGGAUUCAGUAGGACAUGUUGUCUUAACAGAUUUUGGGCUUUGUAAAGAAGGAAUUGCUAUUUCUGACACCACUACCACAUUUUGUGGGACACCAGAGUAUCUUGCACCUGAAGUAAUUAGAAAACAGCCCUAUGACAAUACUGUGGAUUGGUGGUGCCUUGGGGCUGUUCUGUAUGAAAUGCUGUAUGGAUUGCCUCCUUUUUAUUGCCGAGAUGUUGCUGAAAUGUAUGACAAUAUCCUUCACAAACCCCUAUGUUUGAGGCCAGGAGUGAGCCUUACAGCCUGGUCCAUUCUGGAAGAACUCCUAGAAAAAGACAGGCAAAAUCGACUUGGUGCCAAGGAAGACUUUCUUGAAAUUCAGAAUCAUCCUUUUUUUGAAUCACUCAGCUGGGCUGACCUUGUACAAAAGAAGAUUCCACCACCAUUUAAUCCUAAUGUGGCUGGACCAGAUGAUAUCAGAAACUUUGACACAGCAUUUACAGAAGAAACAGUUCCAUAUUCUGUGUGUGUAUCUUCUGACUAUUCUAUAGUGAAUGCCAGUGUAUUGGAGGCAGAUGAUGCAUUCGUUGGUUUCUCUUAUGCGCCUCCUUCAGAAGACUUAUUUUUGUGAACAGUUUGCCAUUCAGAAACCAUGGAGCAAAAUAAGUCUAUAGAUGGGACUGAAACUUCUAUUCAUGUGAAUAUAUUCAAAUAUGUAUAACUAGUGCCUCAUUUUUACAUAUAAUGAUGAAAACUGAAAAAAUGUAUUUUCUGCUAUGUGCAAGAAAAAUAGGGCAUUUCAAAGAGCUGUUUUGAUUAAAAUUUAUAUUCUUGUUUAAUAAGCUUAUUUUUGAACAAAAUUUAAAAGCUCUUAUUCUUAGCAUUAACCUAUUUUUAAAGAAACCUUUUUUGCUAUUGACUGUUUUUUCCCUCUAAGUUUACACUAACAUCUACCCAAGAUAGACUGUUUUUUAACAGUCAGUUUCAGUUCAGCUAACAUAUAUUAAUACCUUUGUAACUCUUUACUAUGGCUUUUGUUAUCACAUCAAAACUAUGCAAUUGGUACAUGGUUGUUUAAGAAGAAACCGUAUUUUUCCAUGAUAAAUCACUGUUUGAAAUAUUUGGUUCAUGGUAUGAUCAAAGUGUAAAAGCAUAAUGAAUACAUUGGCUGCUAGUUAACAAUUGGAAUAACUUUAUUCUGCAGAUCAUUUAAGAAGUAACAGGCCGGGCGCGGUGGUUCACGCCUAUAAUCCCAGCACUUUGGGAGGCUGAGGUGGGUGGAUCACUUGAGGUCAGGAGUUCGAGACCAGCCUGACCAACAUGGAGAAACCCCGUCUCCACUAAAAAUACAAAAUUGGCGGGGCAUGGUGGCGCAUGCCUAUAAUCCCAGCGACUCGGGAGG